GAUGAAUAUUAUUUGGAAUUGCUUGGUGGUGGCUGGGAUCAUAAAUGAGAGAGGAGAAAUACUUACUGACAAUAUUGAUUCUACAAAACUGGAGGAAAUACUUACACCUGAAAUCAGUCAAUACAAACAUAGAGUUAGCUUUCUCCUCAAGAAAUGUGUUAAUCGCGAAAAGCAUAUCAAAGUUCCAAACUUUUUGAAAAAGUUUGUAGAAAGACACUUGUCGUCUUGGAUAAGAAGUGCUAUCAAUGCAUUAUUAAUGGCACCUGGACAAUCUUACGUGGUAGAUUAUAAAAAAUCCGGAUCAAAAGCAGAUCGCAACGCUAGCAUAAUUAUUCUUGACAACGACACCGGAGCAGACCAAGGAAGUUCUCAAUGGGAUGAAGCAUUGCAUCAGUUUUUACAACUCAAGCAUGGCUGUAAAUUGUCAAUGCAAAGUUUAAAGGCAGUUUUUGUUUCCAAUGUUACCUAUUUCAAGAUGUACAAACUAUUGUACGGUUUAACUGGUACUCUGGGUUCAGAGAGAGAAAGGAAUUUACUCAAAGAUAUACACAAUGUUGCCUUCGUAACUAUACCAACGGCUAAACCGAAACAAUUUGAAGAGUAUGAACCAAUUAUUAGUGGCGGAUAUAGGACGUGGCGAAAAAAUAUUACAACCGAAGUUUGCAAACUAAUCAACGAAGAGAAAAGAUCAGUUCUCAUCAUCUGUGACACGAUCAACGAUGCCGAAAGUAUAAAAGACACUUUGAAGGGGAUGUUCCCAACCCAACUUCACACCUACACAAGAGACUAUCAAGAGUUUGAUAUUGUAGAGGGUUGUAAGCAAUUGCAACAGGGACAGAUCAUCAUUGCUACCAACUUAGCAGGACGUGGUACGGACAUACGAAUUACGGAUGCGCUUAAGCAAAGUGGUGGAUUGCACGUUAUAUUAACGUACCUUCCCGAGAACAUUCGAAUUGAAGAGCAAGCCUUUGGAAGGGCAGCAAGAAGCGGAGACAAAGGAUCCGGACAGUUAAUAAUAAUGGUUUCGAGUCAAAGGCAGUAUCGUCGAUCGAAAAUAAUCGAAUUAAAGAAGACUCGGGAUGAGAAUGAGCUGUACCGUAUAUCAGACAUUAAAACAUACUAUGAAAAGACCAUCAAGGCCGAAGAGAUUUGUUUCGACGAGUUCAAACAGGUUUAUGAAAAGCAUAGGAAAAGCCUUGAAGCGGUUGAUGUCCCUUCGGAAGUUACAACAAUCUUGCUACAAAAUUGCCUAGACCAAUGGUCUUUUUGGCUGGACGAACACAGUCGAUACAUGGAGAAUAUAAUGCAAGAAUGUGAUGAAAGGGGUGUUCCAACAUUAGUCCAGACAUUUGUAUCAAAAUUAUCCGGAUUUGAAUCGGGAAAAUGCGUUAAAGACGCAGUUCGAAUUUCAUAUUUCAAGAGCCAAAAGUGGAAAGACUGGGUGGAAGGGAAUCCUAUGCAAAUGAUAAAAUUGGCCAAUUAUCUAUCUGGAACUAAUCUUAAGAAAUGCAGGAUGACAGAAGACGAGCUUUUGGAAUAUGCGUUUGACAUUUUUGAGACCAAUCAGGAGAAUGGAGUGACUCACUAUGGAAUCAUCAACUAUGGGAUGUUAUUGGCGGACGAAACAGCAAUGAGUUUGUAUGAUGACGUUAUAAAAAUUGAGCCUCAGUUUAGUGAAGCUGCACACUAUUAUCGUGCUUACACUUUGAUGAAAUCAAUCGAGCAAGAGGAAACAUUGCAGAGCGAAGAGAAUAAGAAGAAAUAUAAAGAUUUUAAGAAACAUUUGCGCGAGGCAAUAAGGCUUUUUGAAGACCAUCAUGCGUUUGCUUUGCAGGCUGCAAUUAUUACAAACAAUCUGAAAGGAAACAAUGUGUGGCACGAUGAGUAUCAAGCACAGAAAGAUACCAUUGCUAAGCUAUAUCAAACGUUCAUACGGUCAAUAGAGGACAUAUUUGGUCAUGCUGUAUCACACAACACAUUUGUUACAGACGAAAUAAAAGAAAAUGUAGCAGAACAUAUUUUCAUGCAACUUAUCGAAAAGGGUGUAAUAUCGCGCCCAAAAGUUCGGAAAACCAUUUCCGAACAACAACUACGUAUGAUUCAUAACGACUAUGGAGUAUCAAUUGAAGUUUUGAAGAAAUUUCUUUCUGAAAAUGCUGGACUCAUCGUUGAGGAAGAAUUUAUAAAGGCGUGCAAAGAAAAUAUCCCACUCCCUAGCAGAGAAGAGUUUUGGCAAUUGUUGAUCGACCAAAAGGUGCUUAACUCGAUCAAGAAGUAUGCUAUAGUAGAUAAGGCGAAGCUGGAAGCACUAGAUCCUUCAUUGAAGGAUGCAUUAGAUGGGAAGAUCGCCGAUAAAACGUUCGUUACAGAAACCAUAGAACCGACCCCAGGACAGAUUGUUUUGUAUCGCGAAGAAUUAUCUCUUCGAAGUACGGAAAAUAACGACUCUGAAACCAACACCAUUGUUCCGUACGUAAUAUUUGAAAAAGAAUAUUUUGUUAGCCUUAUCGGAAAGGAAAAGUUUGAAAUGAUGGUUAAAAAGGAUAUAAUCAGAUGCAAUGAAAUGGCAAAUGUUGAUAGAGACAUGAUUGCAUCAUGUAAGUUUUCGUCGUUUGAUUCUAUUUCAGUGGAGGACAUUGUUCUUCGAGCAAAUAUAGCACAGGUUGAAGCAGAGCUUAUCAUGCAAGAACUGAUUAACCGAGCGGUUUUGGAGCGAGAAGGUGAAUCCUUUGUGUUGAAUGAAAAUUUUAGAGGUUCAGAAGAAGAAUUGCUUCCGUCGUAUCCUUUGUACGAAGACACUAUAAGAGGUUUACUUUCGUCCUGCUUUGCCUACAGACUAGCACUUAAUCAUAUAAAAGAACAACUAGAAUCGGAUAGUUCCGCCGAUAACCCAAUGCUGCGGAUAGAAUUGAAAUGUAAUCCUCAUUUGCAGUUUUUCCAGGAUUUAAUAAAUCAAAACAUAAUCAGGCCUUAUAUAGUUAACAAAGCCGAUUGCAACGAAAUAUUAAAUGAAAUCUUCUAUCUAAACAAAAAUUAUCUCGUAGUGGAACGCUGGUUCCGAAAGAUGUUGCAUAUAUCUAAACCAGAUUCCGAACGGUUUUUGAACAAUGUAUAUCGCUUUGCAUCUGGUGUAGAUACAUUUAAUUGGUUAGAUUAUUUAAAUCCAGCUAAUUUGAAUCCGUUUGGCAACGAAAUGAACGAAAUAAGUCGUUUUAUUAAAAUGUUAUUUUUCGUUCGUAAUAAAAUCAGUGGAAUAAGCUUUAUACCAACGAAUCAAGCAAAAGAAUUGAUGCAGUAUGAUAUGAGAAGAACUAUAGAACUAUUGUUUGUGCAACUAGAUGAAUUUUACAAGAAAGAAUCUAAAAGCCAUGUUGAGAGUGUGUUGGGACCAAUAAAAUCUUCAUUAAUAGGAUUGAAAGUUGCCGGUAUAUAUUUUAAACCCAUUCGGGAAGCAGGCCAAUUGAUAGAAAACAAUUUUGGAACAAUUGAAGAGGAACAGCUGUUCACUUUAAAUGGGUUGCAACAUCUUUUACAAGUAAUGGAGAAAAAAUGGUCUAUGGAAAUGCUGCUGAACGUGGGGAAGGUAGUAUUAAUUGGAGUUGCCCAAAUUGUUGCAGCGGCAAUUCUGGAGAUAUAUUCAGCUGGUGCAUUGACUCACGUUGCGUCGGGAUUAAUAAAUGAGGGAGUCAAUGAUAUAAUGUAUGCAGUAAACAGUUUCAAUUCAGGAUAUUUUAGUUGGCAGGAUUACAGAAAAGAGAAGAUUAAAAGUGUGAUUUUCACAGCGAUUACUGCCGGAGUGGGAGCGUAUGCUUCAAGAGGUACUAAGGUGUCGCGAAUUGCCAAUAAAGUUGCAGGACCCGGCUUAAUGAAAGAUGGAAAAGUAAUAUCAGAGUUAACAGGAAAAGCAAUGUGGAAUGAAAUCACCGGCAAGAGGGUAAUAAGAGAAUUUACAAAAAGAAUUGUAAUGAAAACAGCACAAGGGUUUGCCCAUAGUGCGGCGAGUAUAAUGGUCGAUAAGUUUACGGACGAUUAUUUACAAGCAUUAAUCAAUUCAAUUGUGGCCGACAUAUUAUCACAAGUUCCUACUACGGUGGAUAAUCAUAAAAUUUCCCAAAACCUUAGAAGAAUCUAUGAUGAGCUAGGAGAGCAGCAAGCAAGAAGACUCAUACUUCAACUUUCUCCCUUCGCAAGCAAUGAUUGGGGAGCUUGUAUAUCUUUAGCUAAGCAAUUCACGUCCAGUUUGUCUCAGGGAUUUGCAAGUGCUAUGCAAAAGACACAAAACAACGGUAACGUUAUGAAACUAUUAAGUAAUAUUAGUACCGCGUGGAUAUGGAUAGAACGCGUAAUCGAGAUAGGAAAAAUGAUGUACGUGGUAGGAACACAUCUUGAUGAUUUAGAUGAACAAAUCAAUAAGAAAUUUGAAACAAUGUUGCAAAACUCAUCAUCAAAUGUACAACCGAAUGAGAGCAAUUUCGAACAGUUUAGAGAUGAAAUAAUAAAGCAAUGGAAAUCACAAUUGAGCGAGCAUGUGGGGAAAAUUAUUUCCCAAAAUUUGGUUAAACCAUUGCUAAAUGAUGCGCUAUUACGUGUAGGAAGAUUCAUCAAGAGGAUUCCACAUAACAUCAAACGAAUCGCACUGAAGCGUAAAAUGAAAAGGUUGAAGAAAAAAUACGACAAAGCUGUCAAUGCUCCAAAUGUAACGGACGAAAUAAAAGACAGUUUGAAGGAAGACUAUCACAAUAAAUUAAAGAAGAUUAUGUGUAAAACAAAAAGCCCAACUCUGCUGUCGAAUAUUAUCGAGGAGGGUGUACCGAUGGAUCUGACCUGUGCGGCGGCAUGUGCCCCAUUGGUGCACGAACUGUUGAAGAAAAUGAAAAUAAAUGUGAAGGGAAUAGUGCUCACUGUACAAGGCGAUAAGGGAAUAGAACAAACGUUUUGCUCAGGAUCCACUAAAGGCGAAAAUGUAAGAGAAAUUGUCCUGCAGCUAAAAGACAACCAUUUUACGUUCUCUGACAACCAGCUUGAUGUUGGCAACAAUAAUUGUUUGUUUGCUGGAAUGAGCGAUGCCAUACCGGAGUUGAGCAGUAUCAAACCAGAGGAAUUUCGAAAACAAAUAGCAAACACUAUUAGGACUGCACCAGAAAUUCAACAUCGAAUAAGACAAGGUUGGCAUCGCUUUGCAAUCAAGCAAUAUGAUGCUGUUGGAGGUAAAUCUGCAUCAAAUAAAAGAAUAUCCUUAAAAAAAGUGUCGCGAGAAUUAUCACCAAACAGAGCAAUUGAAAACAAAGAUAUAGCCAGUUUAUUGGACAAAUUUGAAGGAUAUAUUCCUCCUAAAAAUUGUCCCGAUGCUGUAAACCCAGAUUCCCACCUGUAUUCACGUAUGACAAUUUACAGUUUUGAACUUGCGGGAGCCGCACAGGCGAUAAAGGAGGAACUAAAAAUCGAGUUUGAAGAAAUAAUAAAUUUGGAAAAAGGAGCUAGUAAUACGAAAGAUGACUUACCGGUAAUCCCAGGUGGUGAUAUUCAUCGAGCCCAUACUUUAAGGGGAACAAUAAAUGAAGACGGUAAACUAAAAGAACACCCUGAGAUACUGGAAGCAGUACGACAGUAUAUGGCUCGUUGUGAGUAUGUCCCAAAAGAGGCAAACCAAUAUCGUAAUGUUCCUAAGUAUGUUGAUAAUAAUCAAAUGUUUUCUGUAAAUGGUAUUGCCAACACCCAUGAUUUUAGCAAACCGCCAACAGACGAUAAUAUUUUAAUUACAAAAACGCAUUUACAAAACGAAAUAACUGCGUUCCAUACGCACUUGACUCGCAACGAAAAGAAAUAUGACAACAGUUCAUUACAGUUAGGGAACAGAUUAUUAACAAAUUUGUCAAAUACUGUAAAAAGCCGUAAUGAUCUUAAAUUGAAUUAUGAAUCCGGUCAAUUUGGUUAUUACAAAAUGAAAUCAAUUAUCGAAGCAUAUCGUAAAAAUACCAAGGAGGUAAGUGAUUUGAACAGAAGACAAUAACGUGUGUAACGCCAAAUAUGUAAAUAGUUCAUUUUAAGGUUGAAAAUACUUUUAAUGUUUUACAUCUAGGUUGUACAAAGAAACAGUUAGCAAUAAUAAUCAAAUUCAAUUAGAUGACAAUAAUCAUAAAAGUAAAAAUUAAUAGUUUUAUAUUUAACUAAUAAAAUAUUUAAAUUAACCUAAACAUAAUAUAUAACUGAAAACUAAACCUAAGACAAGACGGGAAGUUCAUGAAGGUAAACAUUACAGAGGCUCAAUGAUCAGGAUGAAGAGGCUAAAAGGGAAAUCUAAGACGGCAACGGAAGGAGGUUAAAGUGAGGUGGAAGUCCAAUAAGUAGGAAGAGGAGUUAAACGAUCGCAGAGCAAGCAACAAUAGAUCGGAACGAUAUGCUGCAGUGCGAGGUCUGCGGAUAAUGAAGGGAGGACGAAUACGGAGUGAACGGUUAGGAACAAAGAGGGGGAAGGAGGAGACCAAUGUUGGUUCAUCAAUACAAUCGAGCAAGAGGGAAACAACAAAUAAGGAUUGGGCUUGAGAACGGCGAUUCUCGAAGCAGGCAAAACGAGCAGCCGACACAUGGAUUCAUAAUUGGGCAGGGUAGCAGAGGAGCCACCCAGAAAUUUGCAAACUGUAAAUCUGUUGAAGGAUCUCUGUGCCCGUUCUAUCCGCUCAAUGUGCUUUCGAGCAGUCGAGGUCCAUACUCCAUACUCCAGUAACGACUUAACCAAUGAGCAGAAUAGUGUUUUCAAUAACAGGUCAGAAAAAUCACAACCAAUGCGUUUUAUGAUGCCGUGCGUUCUCCAAGCCCUGCAUACCACAGAAUCUAUAUGAGGUCUCCACCAAAUCUACAUGAGGUGAGACUAGAGUCAAGCCAAACACCCAAGUCCUUGAUUACGAAGACACGGGAGACUUGGACCUGAUCGAGGACAUACGAGUAGAGUAAAGGAGAGCGGGAACGGGAGAAGGAGAUAAUUUUGCAUUUAUCAGGACAACUCAACCAAUCCGUAGAGGCGAAGACAGAGAACAACUCUAAAAGCCCAAUAAUGUCCACAUGGUAGAUAGAAGCUAUGGAGUCGGGCAUAACUACAUGCAAUCGGACCGGAUAUUAUAUCAUCAACCUGAAGUAGUACUUCUGCAGAAAACAUGCCUUUCGGCCUCAUAUGCACAUUCGUCCAUAGAAGCCGACGAAAGUGUUCUACUAGCGUUCGCAAGAAAGAUGCUAAGAAAUGCCUAUCACUAUCGAAUGAGACAGUGCAAUGACAGACUCUAUGAUCAGCAGGAUGAGCUCAGCAACGUGGCGUAGAUUGUACUCACCAGGCAUUGGUAGAUCAUUCCCACACGAAGGUCUCUUCCCUGAAAGAUAAGAUAAGAUGGAGUCAUGACGUAUAGCGACUUAAAGGAUUUUUGCAGCAGUUGAGAUAUUGAACCGCUAAGUACGGCUAAGCUAUUGAAAGUCGUCAUAACUAAAAAAAAAAACAACUAACUUCACGUACAUCGCGUUAAGAGCGAUCAACACACGAGCACGUAAAUCAUGUCACCAAGUGGUUAUUCAGUUCACCACUAAAUAUUUAAACAUCCGAUGAAGUAGUACAGAGCAUGGCAUAAUGUUCAACAGAGGUUACCAAAUUGGAAAAUAUUUGUGAGGGGUUUUCUGAGCAAGCUGCAGAUAUUACUUGUAUUCUAAACGGGUUGCCGUAUUUUUCUGGCAAUCCAGACGAGUGGUCGAUGUUUGAAGCGAGUUUUAACGAAACUACGCGACUUUGUGGUUUUUCCGAUGGAGAGAAUACCAUACGCCUUCAGCAAGCAUUAAAGGGAUAGGCAUUGAAGGCCGUUCAGUGUCGUCUUCGCAAAUCGGAUAACCUCAAAGAAGUGAUGGAAACCCUAAGAUCGAUGUUCGGUUAAAAGCCGAUGUUAGAAGCCGACGAAAGUGUUCUACUAGCGUUCGCAAGAAAGAUGCUAAGAAAUAUCUAUCACUAUCGAAUGAGACAGUGCAAUGACAGACUCUAUGAUCAGCAGGAUGAGCACAGUAAUGUGGCGUAGAUUGUACUCACCAGGCAUUGGUAGAUCAUUCCCACACGAAGGUCUCUUCCCUGAAAGAUAAGAUAAGAUGGAGUCAUGACGUAUAGCGACUUAAAGGAUUUUUGCAGCAGUUGAGAUAUUGAACCGCUAAGUACGGCUAAGCUAUUGAAAGUCGUCAUAACUAAAAAAAAAAACAACUAACUUCACGUACAUCGCGUUAAGAGCGAUCAACACACGAGCACGUAAAUCAUGUCACCAAGUGGUUAUUCAGUUCACCACUAAAUAUUUAAACAUCCGAUGAAGUAGUACAGAGCAUGACAUAACGUUCAACAGAACUUACCAAAUUGGAGAAUAUUUGUGAGGGGUUUUCUGAGCAAGCUGCAGAUAUUUGGAUGGUAAUUUAGAUGGAUGGAUCAACUCGCUUCCUUACUCUCCGUAGCUCGACGGUCUUUUAAAAGCAAAGUUCCUAAAGAACGUAAAAAGUAAUGUAAUGUUAUUUAGUAUUUAGGCCUGUAAUAAGGACUUAUUAUUCGAUUAAAAUUGUUACAUAUAAAUUAAAACAAACUUGUUCGAAACAAUAUGGAGCUAAUCUAAAUAAGGUGUCCCUUAGAUGUGAAAAUGCUUAUGUUGUUGAUAAUGAGGUUUUUUUAUUUGUAUGUAGUUUAAUUCUAGUGCAACCCGUCGUUUGUUUUGUUUGGUAGAAUAAAAAUUUAAUUUACAUUAUAUGUACUAACAAACUCAUCCUAAAACAAGCCUUUAACAGCCCAAUUCUAUUGUCAUUGCAUGACAUUGAUUUGUUGAUAUAAUUGAGAAAAAUGACAAACGAAUAGUGUUUUUAAUUAAUAUAAUCAAUGUUAAGAGCCGAAAGAAUGCAACAAUAUGCUUUUAAUAUUCGACCGUGAGCGCUAAUAAGCGAGAUAAGUAAAUAAACGAUGUAGUGGUACAGUGUUUUGAAUACAAGUGUUUACUCUAUUCAAAUGUAUAAUUUAACGGCAUUUUAAAAAAAGAUAUGGACGGAACAAUUUAUUUCAUUCCCACAUCAGUUUCAUUACUCACGAUCAUAAAAAUAGACACCAACACGUCGCACCCAGUAACAUCAUUGCAAGCAACAGCGCAUGCGUGAGUAAGAAAGUUUAAGCUACGAGUUAGCAAGCGUUAUGUCUUAUAUACACAACGUGUUAUGUUCACCUUACGCGCAGUAUGGAUUUCGAUUCGCAACUAGCGAGAGGUACACUUUUGCUAAGCUUAACGCUUUCACGUUUUGUUACGGUUGAUUGAUCCAGUGCGUUAUUGCAAUUUUGCAGCGGAUUUAAUAAUCAGGGAGUGAGUGAUUUAUUCAAAACCGCAGCUCUUGAACAGUGCUCUGAAAACAGCGCAAGAUAAAGCGUGAAGUUAGUGUAAAACACAAUGAUACAGAUCUGUGUUGGUGGCGGAUCCACACUGGUUUAUGGCAAGCUGCAAACCAUCGCACCCACUUACUCACUGUAGCUCAUGUCAAGAGCUUGUAAUCGUUAAAUUCUUUCUUCGUCUAAUCAUGUUGUUUAUAUUCAGCCGCACGAUCCGCCGAUCAGCUGUGUAGACGUUUUUUUUACUUGAUCGGUGCUCGGUAAUGGGAUUUCCCCGUCUAGUUUGAUGCGGCACUAGAGACGAAAAUACAUUCGUUCUAGUGGAUUGAUUAUUUAUCAUGCGGUCAAAAAGUGAUAACAGAAGAGCUUGACAGUUUUAUCAAGAGAAGAUAAAGCAAAUCAACAGGUCAGAAAACCGGUAUAAUCAGUAUAAACGCACUGUGAUUUUAUCGCGACAUGUUAAAAAUAAUACUGUGUUCGUGCCAUAUUCACAUAGAUUCAGUCAGUGAACAUCGCGAGCUAUCAACAUUUCAUUCAUAAAUUUGCCAAGCCAAAGAUUUGGCGAAUUCGUGCACUGUGAAAACACUAUCUCUCUCUCUUUUUUUUUUCCUUCGUUCAUUUGUUCAUUUAAAGUAUAUGAUCAAUCGUGUAGUGAGAUACUAUUUUUUUGUAAUUGAAUGAUGUGCAAAAAAACUUUAUUUGGGUUCUAACAAGUGGUAUGGUAUAUAAGCCUGUUCUAUACGUGCUCUAUACGAAUUAAUGUGGUAUGUGAACUUGUAUGAACUUUAUUAAUUGAAUACGAGAAUAAGGGGUAAGGGAUAUGUGAUACGCACAAUACAGAAGAAUGUCUGUCUCCGUAUGACAGUUGCACACUUGCACGUCCGAAGGUCAUAAUUCGAUCGACACGAACCGUCACCAUAGUGCGGCCAGAGGACAAAAAAAUCAAAAUUUUUUCAGUUUUAGAAACUACAGACAUUCGAAAUUGAAUCCAACGACUAUAACUCAAAUUUCAGUAAUUAUAGGACAAUAUACUGAUUUUAAUACAAAACGUUAUUGCGCUUUCGUUUCAAAAUUACUAACAUCAUUAACAACAACAUUACUAACAAAAAAUAACAACAAGAUAAUCGGUAUUUAUUAACGCAUUAUAACUAACGAGGUAUGUGCGUUUAUAGUUUAAUUUCAUUUAUGCAUAUUUUAUUUUUGUGCUUAAAUAUUACUGCAAAUUAAAAUAACAAAAAUGUUUGCUACAUGCAUGUGCUAGCUAUAAUUGUAAUUAUAUGUAAUUUAAACAUUAGGUAAAGUAUUUUAUUUGAAAACAUACAUGCAGUCAUUUGUUUGCUUUCCUUUUUAAUACUCGAAUUAAGUUUGAAUCGUUUUUCAAACUAUUCAGUUUGUAUAUCCGUAUAACAUUUUUUAUUGCAGUAUAGCAUAUUUGAUUGAAAUCUAUAAUGAAGCAAGAAGAAGUUAUUUUUUCUCUAAAGAAGAUCGAUGAUCGGCAGGUUGUCGAGGUGUUUGGUAGACAGAUAGUUCUGAAUUCCGUAUUAUCCAAGGUAGAGAACGAAGUUUCAAACAAUCCUAAUAUCGAAGAGGUUCGUUUCAUCGCCGGUACGAUCUUUACGAUUGACGCUAAUCUUGAGAAGGAAGUAUGGCGCGGACGGAAUAUUGUAGUUUAUGCAAAAGAAAUAAUGGUUUCCCAACCGGUUCACUGGAACGUGUCUGGAAAAGAUAGUUGUCAUAAAUACGAACGAAAUGCUGGGACUGGCGAAGACGGGACUGGUUUGAA